AUGAGGGAGAUUGACGCUCACUUCGACGCGUACGAGCAUUUGAAGCAUCUCCCUAGAGAUGGCGAAGCAUUGCACAUGCUCCGCAAAGCCGCAUCCAUGGUAAAACCGAUGAUGCGAAAGCGCGGCUGGAAAGUAAAAACAUUGGCUGAAUUCCUCCCCGACGAGCCUCAACUCCUAGGCCUCAACAUCAACCGCACAGAGCGCAUUUUGAUUCGUCUAAGAUACCACCACGAUUCGCGGCAAUUCUUAUCCAUGGAGCAGAUAACAGAUACACUGCUGCAUGAACUCUCGCACAUUGUCUUUGGACCCCACGACGCUGCCUUUAACAACCUCUGGAACGAACUCCGCGAUGAACACCAGUCACUGCUCUUCAAAGGCUAUACAGGCGAGGGUUUCUUGUCCCAAGGCCAGAAGCUGGGCGGUCGCCGCGUUCCUCUGGAUGAAAUGCGGCGUCAGGCUAGGAUCGCUGCCGAGAAGCGCAACCGCACGACUAGUUCCAACGUCAAUGCCAAGGAUGGAGGGCAUCGUCUGGGCGGCGCACGACCUGUACAGCGUGGCAUCGACAUGCGCAAGGUCAUUGCCGAUGCGGCGUCGCGUCGGAAUAGCAUCACGGACGGAUGUGCAAGUGGGAGUGCAAAUGCAGGAAGAUUGGUCAACCAGCAAGAGCAAGACGGCUUCCGCACCACAGCAGAACAAGACGAUGCUAACGAUUGGGCCAUUGCCCAAGCGCUGCAGGAUCUCAUGUACGAUGAGGAGAUGCAGAGGUUAGGUGCACCAACGGGCAAUGGCGGAUUGACUUGGGAUCCCGAGAAUGGGUUGGGUUUCGAUCGGGAUACGCCGCCUAGCUCGCAGAGUUCAAGUUUAUCAAGAGGGGGUUUGGCGUGGUCGAGCGAAAAUGGAUUAACAUAUGACAACCCUUCUUCAAUGUCCAUUCUCGCGACGCAAAAUCUUUCCCCGCAAAGUAUGUCGCAUCCUUCGCCGGGCCGACCCUUGUCAAGACCUAUUACACAACCACCACCAGUAUCACGGACAUCUCUUUCCUCCUCCUCCCGCCUCAUCUCUCAACACGAACAACAGACACGCAAUAAACGCCUGCCUCCAACUCCACCCCGUUCUUCUCCCCCUACACGCUCCUCUUCUUACCCCCAGUCGCCCCCUCACUCUUCCUUCCACCCCCAGCCAACCUCUCCCCAAGCCUCCCAGCCCACGAGUACAAGCUUGCCGCCAGAUACAUGGGCCUGUCCACAAUGCACACUGCACAAUCCGCUCGACUACCUCGCCUGCGAAGCUUGCAGCCUGGAACAACCGCCACAGCCCAUACCUGAGAACCGGCGUUUCGCUUCCUCGCACAUGGGUGGAUCGGUGCCUAGUUUGCCCAAGCCGCCACCACAGUUUGGUCUGAGGGGUCAGACGGCUACCCCGUUUGAACCUGCGAGGGGGAGGCUGGGCUGGAAUUGCUUGGAGUGUGGGACGUUUAUGGAGAAGCAGUGGUGGACUUGUAGUUUGUGUGGGACUAUGAAGGCUGAAAGUUAG